ACGUCGCGGUGACGUCACGUUGACGUUCCCGUAGCAACUGGGCCGUGGUGGUGGUGGUGGGGGGGAAAAAGCUGGGACGGUUGCUGGCGAGCGUGUGUGCGUGUGCGGGCGGACGCAUCGUGGAGCUUCCAUGAGGAGAAGAUGCUAAACAUGUGGAAAGUUCGAGAGCUGGUGGACAAAGCCACCAAUGUGGUGAUGAACUACUCUGAUAUCGAGUCCAAGGUGAGAGAGGCCACCAAUGACGACCCCUGGGGACCUUCUGGUCAGCUGAUGGGAGACAUAGCCAGAUCCACCUUCAUGUACGAGCAGUUCCCCGAGGUGAUGAACAUGCUGUGGACGAGGAUGCUGAAAGACAACAAGAAGAACUGGAGGCGCGUCUACAAGGCGUUGCUGCUGCUGGCCUACCUGAUCAGGAACGGGUCCGAGAGAGUGGUGACCAGCGCGAGAGAACACAUCUACGACCUGAGAUCUUUGGAGAACUACCACUUCCUUGACGAGAGCGGUAAAGACCAAGGCAUCAACGUGCGGCAGAAGGUGAAGGAGAUGGUGGAGUUCGUCCAGGAUGACGACCGACUCCGGGAGGAGCGGAAAAAGGCCAAGAAGAACAAGGACAAAUACAUCGGUGUGUCCUGCGACAGCAUGGGAGGAGGAGGAAGCUUCAAGAACUCCACGGAGCCGGAGCGCAGCAAGUGGGACGAGGACUGGGACAAGAGCCGGGCGGCGUUCCCCUUCAGCGAGAAGCUGGGCGAGAUCAGCGAGAAGAUCGGCAGCACCAUCGACGACACGCUCAGCAAGUUCCGCAAGAAGGAGCGAGACGAGUCCCCCGACAGGAUCAGCGACAACGAGGAGGACAGGGCGUCCAGAAACGGUCGCCAGGACGCCCUGGAGUUUAAAGACGAGGAGGAGACGGUGACGACCAAGAGCAUCCAGAUCACGCAGGCCACGGAGACCACCACAACUACCACACGCAAGCGCAGCGGCGGCACCGGCACCAAGACUUUGGACCUUGGCGCGGCCGCCCACUACACCGGAGACAGGAGCUCUGAGGAAGAGUCAUCUGCGAGGAAGUCGCCCGGCGGCGGUCUGGCCGACCUGCUGGUCAUCGAUCCGUCGUCCAAUCAGGGCUCUGCAGCAGGUAACAACAGAAAGAGAGUGUCUUCUAGCAAAGUGUGUGACCGUGUGCACGCGUCGCCAGGUGGAAGCUCCGACCUCAUCGACGCCUUCGCCGACUUCUCGUCGCCAGCAGCGUCGGCCACUGCGGCGCCGGCCAAUGGUAACGCUGAAUUUGGAGACUGGAGCGCCUUCUCCAACCCCCCGCCUUCAUCAAGCUCCGCCUCCUCCCAGCCGGUAUCCAACCUGUUUGGCAGCAUCCAGUCGGCACCUGGCUCCAGCCCUGCCCCUGUCCCUCCCUCGGCUGAGCUCUUUGACCUGAUGGGCGGAGUCAACCCGCCGCUGAGCAACGCCGCGCUGAGCGCCUCUCAGAGUUUGACCUUCUCUGUGGGCGGGGCAUCUGUUGCUAUGUCGACCAUGCCGCUCUCUCGCUCCCAGCAGAGUUUGGGAGGUCUCGUGUGUCAGCAGCUGCCCGCCGGGCUUAAGCAGCAGGUCGGGAUGGCGGGUCCGGGGUCAUUGGGGUCCACCUGGUCCGACCCGUCGGUCAACAUCAGCCUGGACUUCUUAUCAUCCAGCCACCCUCCCGCAAAGUCCCAGGCCACGCUCAACAACAUCCUCCAGCCACAAGGAGCGCCUCCCGUCGCCCUGAUGGCCCAGAACUUUGGGGGACUCAACCUCAGCUCGCCGCCGCAGGUGACCCCCGUCGGACCUCUGGCCGGUCACGUGCCCGUCGGAAUGGGCACGUUUCCGGUUAACGCCGGCAUGAUGGGAAUGAACAUGAGCAUGAAUAUGGGCGUGUCUGCUCCCGCCAUGAUGGGCGGGAUGAACGGCGUGGGAACGCCGGGCAUUGUUCCAGCCAAACAAGAUGCCUUUUCUAGCUUUGGCAAUUUCGGAAAAUGAACAAGUGUGUGUGUGUGUGCGUGUCUGCAGUCAGGACUUGCAUGUAUCUCUGGUGGAGGUCCCGGGGCGUACAGCGGACCAUAAUGGUGAGUACCAGUCCGUGUUCCAGAACCACAUUUCAAAUGCCGCUCCAUCAUGAACACGUCUGAGUAUUUUCUGAACGGCUGCUGCUCCCACUCGGACGUGUUCAGACUUUGCUACAAACACUUUGCCGGUUUCCCUCCUCACUGCGGACUCGGCAGAACCACACAGACAACCUGCACCAGGAAAGACCGUGGACAUCAUGAUGUGGAUCAGCGACUCGGAGGUGGGAAUUUUUGGGCCUCUAACGAUUCGAUCCGAUUCCUGGAGUAAUGUUCCAAUUUAGAUUCUGGUCUCAAUUUAACACAUAUUUGGAUUAUUUUCUUUUUUUGAAUGAGAUUUUUCACAAUAACAAAUUGAUUUAGGAUCGAGAUUAAUAAGAAUCGCGAUUCUGAUGGGAAUAUUUAAUUUUUUUUGUGCACAAGAUGUUGCACUCAAAAACAUCGACAUUAAGGGUGUGAAUCUUUGGGCACGUAACAAGUCGGUCCGUUUUCUCGUGGGUGAUGAUUUGAUUCCGAGUCGAUUCUCCAUUUAACAUGAUUUUCAAUUUAAUGGAAAAAAAUAUAUAAAUAUUUGAAUUUGAUUUUUGAAAAUAAAUUGAUUUCGGAUCGGGAUGACUAGGAAUCGCGAUUCGGACGGGAAUUGAUUAUUUAUUUAUUUUUGUGCACACUACUGUCAGUACCCGAAUGUUGCACUCAAAAACAUAGACAUUAAGGGUGUGAAUCAUUGGACACCCAACAAGUCGGUUUGUUUUCUCGUGGGUGAUGAUUUGAUUCCGAGUCGAUUCUUGAUUUAACAUGAUUUUCAAUUUAAUGGAAAAAAUAUAUAAAUAUUUGAAUUUGAUUUUUGAAAAUAAAUUGAUUUAGGAUCGGGAUGACUAGGAAUCGCGAUUCGGACGGGAAUUGAUUAUUUAUUUAUUUUUGUGCACACUACUGUCAGUACCCGAAUGUUGCACUCAAAAACAUAGACAUUAAGGGUGUGAAUCAUUGGACACCCAACAAGUCGGUUUGUUUUCUCGUGGGUGAUGAUUUGAUUCCGAGUCGAUUCUCGAUUUAACAUGAUUUUCAAUUUAAUGAAAAAAAAAAUUAUUUGAAUUUGAUUUUUGAAAAUAACAUUGAUUUAGGAUCGGGAUGACUAAGAAUCGCGAUUCGGACGGGAAUUGAUUAUUAAAUUUUUUGUGUGCACCCUACUGUCAGUACCCGAAUGUUGCACUCAAAAACAUCGACAUUAAGGGUGUGAAUCUUUGGGCACGUAACAAGUCGGUCCGUUUUCUCGUGGGUGAUGAUUUGAUUCCGAGUCGAUUCUCCAUUUAACAUGAUUUUCAAUUUAAUGGAAAAAAUAUAUAAAUAUUCGAAUUUGAUUUUUGAAAAUAAAUUGAUUUAGGAUCGGGAUGACUAAGAAUCGCGAUUCGGACGGGAAUUGAUUAUUUAAUUCUUUUUGUGCACCCUACUGUCAGUACCCGAAAGUUGCACUCAAAAACAUCGACAUUAAGGGUGUGAAUCUUUGGGCACGUAACAAGUCGGUUGGUUUUCUCGUGGGUGAUGAUUUGAUUCCGAGUCGAUUCUCGAUUUAACAUGAUUUUCAAUUUAAUGGAAAAAAUAUAUAAAUAUUUGAAUUUGAUUUUUGAAAAUAAAUUGAUUUAGUAUCGGGAUGACUAAGAAUCGCGAUUCGGACGGGAAUUGAUUAUUUAAUUUUUUUUGUGCACUCUACUGUCAGUACCCGAAUGUUGCACUCAAAAACAGAGACAUUAAGGGUGUGAAUCGUUGGACACCCAACAAGUCGGUUUGUUUUCUCGGGGGUGAUGAUUUGAUUCCGAGUCGAUUCUC